AUGUAUGCACCUACUGUGAUCUUCCCGGAUGACGUGUCCCAGCUCUUCAACCGCGUCAACAACCGAACAUCCUUCAACCCCGUAGAUCUUUGGUACCUGUUGAACAACAGUCACCCCGGUCUGUUCCUGGCUGCGUUCAACCGACAGAAGCAACAGAGUCUCGCACUCGCGCGCUUUGGCUACGCCGCCCUACGCGCCUCUGAGAGGCUGAGCAGACAGUUCCAGCUGAGUAGGCAACAGGCGCUGUUCGGUCUGGAACAGGUCAGUGUUCAGAACACGGCGCUGUUCUCCGCCUGCCCGUUCAAGACGUCGACGUCUGAGGACGCGACGUUCCGACGUCCCUGUCCCGCCUACAGCGUCAUGUACAGGACGUUGGACGGGUCCUGUAAUAACGUCGACCAUCCGCAGUGGGGCGCCGCCCUUCGGCCCUUCGCACGGUUCCUGCCCCCAGAUUAUUUGGAUGGGAUCGAGCAGCUGCGGGAGUCAGUGCGGGGGGGCGAGCUCCCCAACCCCCGGCGGGUGUCGUCCACCGUCCACCGUCCCCUCAACCGCCCCUCGUCCCGCAUCACGAUGAUGGUGAUGCAGUGGGGACAGUUCCUGGACCAUGACCUGACGGGUGAGUGAUGAAGUGAAUGAUGGAGCAUUUCUACCCCCCCAACAUCCCAUCCCCCCUCACUCCCCCUCUUCCCCCAGCACCCCGACUGCCUCCCCAUCCUCAUCUCCCCCGGGGACAGCUUUUAUUCCUCCUGGAACCAAACGUGCAUGGAAUUCCUGCGCUCCUCCCCCGCGCCCAGACCCAACUGCGGGCUGGGGCCCCGGGACCAGAUAAACCAGGUCACUGGGUACAUAGACGCCUCUAACGUCUACGGCUCCGACGACCGCGAGAUGGCGCAGCUGCGGCUCUGGGAGGGCGGGAUGCUGCGCUACAAGCCGGUGCGGUUCAGGAAGCCCCUCCUCCCCCCCCUCGAGGGGUUUGUGGAGGGGGAGUGUCGGGAGAACUCAAGGAACCUGCACUGCUUCCACGCGGGGGACGGGCGGGUCAACGAGCAGCCAGCGCUGGCCGGCAUGCACACGCUGUGGCUGCGGGAGCACAACCGCGUGGCGGUGGAGCUGGCGGCGGUCAACCCGCACUGGAACGACGACCGCCUCUUCUUCGAAGCCCGCCAGGUGGUGGCGGCCGCCAUGCAGCGCAUCACGUACGGGGAGUGGCUCCCCGCCGUCCUGGGGCCUACUGUAAUGAAGGUGUUCCGGUUACCGUUACAACGGCACGGGUACUACCGCGGCUACAAGGCAACCGUCAACCCGACGAUCACAAACUCCGUUGGCGCGGCCGCCUUCCGCUUCGGCCACAGCCUUCUGCAGCACUCGCUGCCUCGCUGCGAUAAAACGGGACGUCGUUUUCCGUUCACCAUCAAGCUGCACCAAGAGCUCAUGAAUCCCUCCAACAUCCACAACUUCGGCAGCGUCGACCGCCUCAUGCUGGGCAUGGCCUUCGAGCGAUCCCAGAGUCGCGACGUCUACAUCACCGACGAGCUCACCAACCGACUCUUCCAGAUGCCCAGCACCCACUUCGGCAUGGACUUGGCUGCCAUCAACAUCCAGCGGGGUCGGGACCACGGCCUGCCGGCCUACAACGUCUGGCGGGAGCAGUGCGGCCUGCACCGCUUCGCUAACUGGGGGGAACUGCUGCAGGUCAUGGAUGAUGACACUGUGGGCAGGCUGGCUGCAGUGUACAGUGACGUGAAUGACGUGGACCUGUUCACCGGAGGCCUCGCAGAGAAGCCCGUCGUGUACGGCCUCGUGGGGCCAACCUUCGCCUGCAUCCUGGGCCAGCAGUUCCUGAACCUGCGACGGGGCGACAGGUUCUGGUUCGAGAACGGCGGGAUGGUGUCGUCCUUCACAAUUGACCAGCUUAACGAGGUACGCAAAGUAUCGCUGGCCAAAAUAUUGUGCGAUAACCUGGACGAUGUGGACGACAUCCAGCCUAACGUCUUCCGGCCUCCGACCAACAACUCCAAGAACGCCCGCCUCCCCUGCUCCGAAAUCCCCGCGAUGAACCUGACGGCCUGGCGGGAGGAGGUUGGGGAAGACUUCCCCGGCUUCCACUACUCGGGGUGGGGAGUCAACGUCACCCCCAGCCCGCCCGAGGAAGAGCCUACGGACGAGGCGCAAGAGUUUGACCCUAGCAACAUGUCCGAGGCCGAACUCUACUUUUUAGAAGACGAAGCCGACUUUUUAGACGAGGAAGAACCCACAAGCCAACAGGACUACACCGACGAAGUGCCUGUCCCGUUUAUUGUAGUCCCCGGUGACGGUGACGAAGAAAACAAGGACACUGAAACAGAAAACGGCAUAAAAAACGGUGUAGAAAACGAUCUCAGGGGAAACCCAAAGAUUCGUAGACCCGCCGACGCUGAGCCUGGCGUGUCGGACCUGACGGACCACAACUACAAUAACGUCGUGGAACACGCAUACGCUAACACGCUCUUCUACAGGAGGCUUGGCGUGUGAUGGGGUGUUAUGGGGGUGUGGUGUUAGUGGUGUGGUG